AGCCCCACAGCAGCCCUCACCCGGGGCCCGCAGGACAGCGUCCACCAGCCCAGAGCGCGGUGGGACGAGCCCCGACGGCUCCCUGUGCCACCCGUCCGCAGAGCCCCGCAGCACGUACAACCAUGCGUUGAGCCCUGCCAAGGAGAGUGGAUGCCAAACCUGAAUUACCAGCCCAGAGAGUGGCUGUGGAUCCCGGGAGCUCCUGUGAUUUGCGGCAGGUUUUUCAAGUCCCCGCCUGUCACACACACACGCAGAUACUUAAGCAGUCACCCAAGGACCUGCAGGGUUCUUGUUUUCCUCACUUCUGGUCCCUGACAGCUCCAGCUUCUGGCCCCAUAGCCCUACCCGAGGAGGAGAUGGCCACAGAGAAGCCAGUGACUCCCACUGAGGAGCAGCUGGAGAUCCUGGAGUACAACUUCUGCAAGGUGAACAAACACCCUGAUCCCACCACGCUGUGCCUCAUUGCAGCCGAGACCGGGCUCUCCGAGGAGCAGACCCUGAAAUGGUUCAAGCAGCGCCUGGCAGAGUGGAGGAAGUCUGAAGGACUGCCCUCACAAAGCGGGUCUGUCAGGGACUAGAGGAUGCUGCUCCAAUCCCCAGGCCUGCUGAUAAUGAUGGUGAAGCUCUUCACAGUGGGUUUCCUUGGGGUUCUUCUGUUGCAAUAGGUUUUGAGAUACAAAGUAAUACCCCGCUAUUUAACAUAAGUUUUAUUUAAAGUGUACAUAACCAGGAAAAAAAUAUUAUAUAUAUAUGUGUAUACAGCUUCCGAUGGCUGCAUAACCCAACCAGUGACUCCCAUCCACUAAUAACACAGCACAGAGCAAGGCAAUCUCAUGCCCUUGUCUCAGGCUUACAGAAAAGCUGCCAUGAAAGGUUCAAACAUAGCAGGGGAGGGAAAGAUUUCUUUUGCUUAUGUUCCCCAAAGGCAAAGUAUACAUUCUAGCUUUAUAUACACACCAUCCAGAGAGGGGGGCAUCUGGAAAAUGAGAUGUGUUGUUCAGGUGAUCUUGGUUAGCUCAAGAUGCCCGAGUCUGCUCUGGAUAUCAGCAAACCAAGUGCCUACACUGUAAUGAGACCAAGCCAAGCCUCCCUUGAAUGUAUUUCUCACAUUGCUGUUAAAGAUUAUGAAAGGGAAAGAACUGGGGUUUGGGGUUUUGGUUUGGUUUUUUUUUCCAAUGCAUUAAUAAAAAACCAAAGUUUUUUGAUGAGA